AUGAGACGUGUAGUUUCCCGCGCUGCACCGCGGCUACAGUUGGUGUUGUUAUUCUUCUUCGCCAUCACGUACUGUGUUAACAUUCUAAAUUGGAUCUUCAAAGUCUACUUCGUUAAAACUGACGUUGGAGAUGCUGUUAUUUCUGCGUAUCUGGCUUUUUCUAUAAUAGGAUUCGUUGCAUUUUUAUUUGUCGCCUCACCGUUAAUAUAUUGGUCCUAUAUUUUUGCAGAUGAAAUGGCACCCAAAACGCGACGAAAUGCUGUAAGUAUUGGUAUUAUUAUAUGUUUUUUUCUGCACGAUCUUCCAAUGGAGUGGAUUGAAGUCUAUUUGCUCUGGUAUUACGGUUGGAGAAGUGUUAUUUCUGGUAUUUCAUUCUUCCUUGUCACCUUAUGCUUUGCUGUUAGUUUUUUUAACUCGUGGAUUGCCUAUACCUGGUUUAUUAGUAAGAAAUUACAACUUCAGUUUAGUAGUUCCUCAAUGGUGAUGCCACCGUCAGAGUUUAUGCCAUCAUCUGUAAACUAUCAAUACACUGGUGUGGAUAGGUGA